AUGGGUGUGACGCAGGCCCCUGACGAUGGACAGUCCCCAGGGGCCCCACCAGCCCACCCAGAGCAACUGGAUCAGCAGCAGCAGGCCAGCAAGCAGUACCUCCGGGCUGAUGACCACAGCUACAGUGUGGAAUCCCUGCUUGGUAACCCCAGGGUGGAGCUCUCACAGCCUGUACUCCCCACCCCUGUACACCCCACAGCCCUCCUCCCCACCCCUUCAUACCCACCACCCCUGCUGCCCCGUGUCCUUCCAGGCCCUUUGCUGACCACCCCCAUACCCCCCAAGAGCCAGCCAGACAAUGAGAUGAUGGUGAUGUCCUUCCUCAAUGAGCUGGAGGGAGGGAAGAAGGUGCCAAGCAGCGCAGCACCUCCCAUCCCUCCUGCCACUCUGCAGAAGCCCCUGCCACCCACGCCAACCUCCAGCUUCUCCCAGGUGCUGGUAACUCACCCACCACUCCACCCACACCUCACCCCCACCACCCUCCACCUGGUCCUGCCGGGUGACACCAGCAUCCCCACCACUGCUGCCACCACCAGGGUGAACCACAAUGGCAACACCCCCGGCCUGCACAUCAGCAUCCCCCACAUCUCACCCCUGACCCAUGAGGUGUCACCCCCGCAGGAAACCACCACCCCCACCACCACUGCCACCACCAUCAGGAUGCAGCACACCUCACCCAUGACCCAUGAGGCAUCACCCCCACAGGAGCCCAUGUCCCUGAACCCUGUGUACCCCGGCAGCUGCGAGGGCGAUGGCAACGGUGAGGGGAGUGGUGGCGCCCCCAUGGUCAGGCUGGAGCGCGGUGACUCGGCUUCCUCUAUGAGUCAGCUUGACCUUGCCCUCAGCGAUGACUCCAAUCCUCUCCUGGACCAGCUUGAGUCAGCGCUGGAGAGUGACAGCAGCAUUCAGGCCAAGGCAUCCCCUGAGGGUCCAGUGCCGGCUGAUGCCUCCUGCUGCUCAGAUGACGCCAGGGAGACGGAGAUGUUCAUGUCACUGCUGGACGCCCCUUCAUCAGACGCCACCAGACAUGCCCCUCUGCAGCCACAGUCCCCACAACAACCCUCACCACCCUCACACCCAGCCCAACCCAUGCUCACAGACACACAGGAGCAGGACAGUGUGCCUGGUGCUGCCACGAGACCCUCACAGGACUCACAACAACAGCAGGACAAAGGUGUGCACCCUGAGGCCUCAGAGAAGGUUCCGUGCCUUGCAGCCGCAGGACACCCCCGCCGGACACCACCAAGGAGGAUGCUGGAGGCUCUCCCAUAG